CCUUCCGCUCUGGCGGCUCCUCGAUCGGCCGCGGCUCGAGUUAAUGGCUUCCCUGUAGGCGGGGGUCGCGUUGGAGACCGGCUGGACUGAUCUGCGUAGCCGCCAAGAGCCUACCUUGACCGAGGGACGUAACAAACACUGCGGGCAGUGUUUGAAGAUGGCCCUGAACUACGUGCCCCUGUCCGCCGGCGAUCAAAGGAGCAGGAUGGCCUACCGCGCUUCCCACGGCGAUCUCAACCCGUCUGCCUUAGCCCUGGCGAUGGUCUCUGGAGACAGCUUCCUCGUUGCCAGGCGUGAGGCGAUUCUUCCAGGACCCGCUCCUCGUCAGGCCGCCCUGCAGAGCUUUCAGGCCGACAGCCGUCGGGCGACUGGGGUCGGCCGCAGCCCGCCACGCUUUAGAAAGGGAAGGGAAGCUGAUGGGCGGAACCGCUCCCGUCAGGCCAGAUUCUCACCUUACCCGACCCCCGCGGUCAAACUGGAUCUCUUAAGGAGUGUGCUGCAGCAGCGUCUGAUUGCAGUUGGGAGUGUUGUCGCAGCCCGUCUUUCGGCUUAAUAUGAAAACCUCCCGUCAGCCCUCGAUCCGCUUGUAAACAAGGCCUCUCUCAAAUCC